UUUCCGCGCAAUCGCGAUCUGCACGUGUGUUAACCUGGUUCGCGUAGCUACCGCGAUGGACGCUUUGGAUCGAGUUGUAAAACCCAAAACCAAAAGAGCAAAGAGAUUUCUUGAGAAGAGAGAACCGAAGCUCAGUGAAAAUAUUAAAAAUGCCAUGUUGAUUAAAGGAGGAAAUGCAAAUUUAACAGUAACCCAAGUACUUAGAGAUGUGUAUGCACUGAAAAAACCAUAUGGUGUUCUAUAUAAAAAAAAAAAUAUCACAAGACCAUUUGAAGAUCAGACCUCAUUGGAAUUCUUUUCAAAGAAGUCAGAUUGUUCUUUAUUUAUGUUUGGUUCCCAUAAUAAGAAGCGGCCAAAUAAUCUAGUAAUAGGUCGUAUGUAUGACUACCAUGUGCUGGAUAUGAUUGAGUUAGGUAUUGAGAAGUUUGUCUCUCUAAAAGACAUUAAGAAUAGUAAAUGUCCCGAGGGAACAAAACCCAUGUUAAUAUUUGCUGGUGAUGAUUUUGAUACAACAGAAGACUACAGAAGGUUAAAAAGUCUCCUUAUUGAUUUCUUCAGAGGCCCCACAGUAUCAAAUAUCCGCCUGGCUGGUUUAGAGUAUGUUCUGCACUUCACUGCACUGAAUGGGAAGAUUUACUUUCGAAGCUAUAAGUUGCUAUUGAAGAAAUCUGGUUGCAGAACACCACGGAUUGAAUUGGAAGAGAUGGGGCCCUCAUUGGAUCUGGUUGUGAGGAGGACACAUCUGGCAUCAGAUGACCUUUAUAAGUUAUCUAUGAAAAUGCCAAAAGCCCUCAAGCCAAAGAAAAAGAAAAAUAUCUCCCAUGAUACUUUUGGUACAACUUACGGAAGAAUUCAUAUGCAGAAGCAAGACCUAAGCAAACUGCAAACCAGGAAAAUGAAGGGGUUGAAGAAACGACCUGCAGAAAGAAUAACAGAAGACCCGGAGGAAAAAUCAAAGAGAGUUAAAAAAAAUUGAUGGAACUUAACAAAUAACUACCUUAUUAUUGUAAUCCAUUUGCCUAAGAGAAUUAUCAAGCCUCAUUUCAGAAUUUCUUAAAUUUUAUUGGAUAUUUUUAUAACUUGAUCAUUUACCUAAGCUAUAUAUUAUGAAUAGUAAUGUACUAGUAUCAGAUUGAAAGUAAGUCUUGUACUUAAAAUAUUACAAGUACACCUUGGUGUGCAUUUUCUGUCUAAAUUUCCUUCUACCUACGUACCCCAAGUCCCAAUAUCUCAUUCUGUGGUUAAGUGAGAAAGCAGCCAUUGAUGGUUGUUUUUUAAUUAAUUGUUUUUUUGUAUGUGGGGGGUGCAAAAUGGACAUUUCCUUAAUUUGUAAUUAAUUAUAAACCAGCCAGCCAAACUGGUUAGUGUUACCAUGAUGCAGCCAAAUACAAAGCAACUUUCUAAAAAUAUUAGCAUAAUAAACAAUUAAGGGUCCUACAAAAUAGCAAAUGGGGAAGAGGUAAUCACAAAACAUCCACUGAGUUUAAUUAAGCCUCCCAAUCCUAGAAAAUAUAAAUAAUCAUUACUUCUUGGGCUUUUACUUCCUACUGUUAAGGUUAGAGUCUAGAUUCUACAGAUACUCAAACAAAGAUUACAUCUAUCUAUGUAUAGCAGAGACACUUUUAUCAUGUUGCCCAGAAGAGCCAAGACUGUGGAAAUCUGAUUAGAUUUCAAUCAUUCCUCCCAGCUAAGGCAAUGGGUAUGCGGAGAAGCAGUGUACCCUGGUAGGGAUAAAGGAUUCUAAAAGAAGGAAAGUCCCAAGACUAUUAUUAUAGCCACUGCCCAAAUUUAGCUUGAGUAAUACACCCAUUUUCACAGAUCUUCAGACUGUGUGUUCAUGGAGUAAUUUGGGAAUAAGUCCAUGAUUUUCUGGGUAAUAAAAUACUCAGCAGUCU